CGUCAGUCCCUUGUGACUCUACAGUCAUGUCCUGUUCUGCUAGGAAGAAACACAUAAUACUCAACAACAGCUGAUGUGGUUCUGGAUCAUUAAAACACUGGGUGAUUUUUGUGUCGAAUAGCUUUUGGGAAGCUUCGGACGCGCAGCGAAUAUCAAAACGGUAAACGCGAAGAAGUGUUCUUCCACACAUAAUGGCUUCUCGUAAGAAGGUGCUGCUCAAAGUGAUCAUCCUAGGGGAUUCUGGAGUUGGGAAGACCUCUUUGAUGAACCAGUAUGUGAAUAAUAAGUUCAGUAAUCAGUAUAAGGCCACUAUCGGAGCCGACUUCCUGACCAAGGAGGUGAUGGUGGACGACAGACUCGUCACCAUGCAGAUUUGGGACACAGCAGGUCAGGAGCGAUUUCAGUCCCUGGGUGUGGCUUUCUACAGAGGGGCGGACUGUUGCGUGCUGGUCUAUGAUGUCACGGCACCCACUACAUUUAAGACUAUGGACAGCUGGAGGGAUGAGUUCCUCAUUCAGGCCAGCCCACGUGACCCGGAGAACUUCCCCUUUGUUGUGCUGGGAAACAAAAUUGACCUGGAGAACCGACAGGUAACAACAAAGCGGGCACAAGCAUGGUGUCAGAGUAAGAACAACAUCCCCUAUUUUGAGACCAGUGCCAAAGAAGCCAUUAACGUGGACCAGGCCUUCCAAACCAUCGCUCGCAAUGCACUUAAACAGGAGACAGUGGAGACGUACGAUUUCCCUGACCAGAUUAAACUAAGAGACGACAGACCUGCGUCUACUAGUGACGGCUGCAGCUGCUGAAGGAAAGACGGAACUGGGGAGGGAAGAGAAAGAGCCAACAUAGGAAAGGAAGAAAGGGAAAAAUGGAAAAGAUCCAGGCCUGUAAUUCUAGCGCCCAUCCUCCCCUUCUCCUCCUUUGAAACCUCCAGAGUGUCAAAUGCCACAUGUGAAAGCUGAACAUCCAUUUUCUUGCUGAACUCCAAGUCACGUGUGGUACGAUGAACUAUCAAGGAACAGGAAGACCAAUGUGUUGCAUAUCCUCUGACAUUGCAUUUAUUACAAGUCUCACUAUCACUACAGCUGUCGAAGAAUUUCCUUGUCACUACUCCUGCUGUCUGUGCAAUUUUUCUUUACUCUGAAAUGAUCCUUUUGUCUGCUAGUUCAUUGUGCCUUUAUAUUUUCUAACUUUUAGUUGUUGUUUCACUCCUAUGCUCAACGAACAUUUGUUAAAAAUAUUCAUAAUACAUAGGAAAUAGGGCUGGGAAAUAUAUUAACUAUUUAUAAACAUGUAUACAUUUUGUCUGCAGUAUAAAAUUAACCAACAUUUAUUAUGAUUAUUUUGGCCAUAACUUCUCAGUUAAAAGAAAAAAUAAAGAUGCAGAUAUGGGUUAGGAAUUCAAUUUCUUCCAAUCAGUUCAAAAUCCUUGUUUCGUUUGUUUGCACCAUCACUCAAAAAAUCAUGCACGUCCCCAUUUGGCAUUUCACAUAAUUUAACAUUUUUAGGUAAAAAUAUGUACAGUAGGUAAUUGUUUUUUUAUUACUGUGCACAUAAAAAUAAUUCAAUAUAUUUCCCAGUGUCCAUAUAGGGAAAAGGUGUAUAAAACAUGUUUUGAUGAUUUUUAACUAGAUUUUUACUGUAUUUUACUUUCUACUUUAAACAUUUAAAAUCUACGUGGCAACAAUUGCUGUUUGUUUGAAAUGAUUUGUUCAAUGCAAAUUUCUCUCAAGGUUUCUUAGCUCAUCUCUCAGCCCUACUAUGUAAUAUGUCAUGAAUUAAAGGUGAAUAAGGAUGUGGUAACUGUGUAUUAUCUUGGGUAAUGUGUCCUAAAGGUACUGACAUGUGGUAGGUUCACUUCAACAUCAUAUCAAGUAUAUUUUAGUCUUAGCUGGUUUGUAAGUGACAGUGUUUUACAGCCACUUUCUGUUUCUGUAACAGAUUUCUUAAGAAUGUUACCAACCGCGCCAGUUAGAAUGGUUUACAAAACGUCAUUUUUUGCACAAGUAGAGCUGUUGAGUAUGUAAAUGGAUCAUUUCUCCAGUGUUUAUGAAGAGGUCAUGUUUUAAGUAGCAGUACUGACAGUCAAUCGAGUUAGAAGCACAGUAAUGAUGUUAUGUCAUGCUUAACUCAAUGUUUUGAUUUGCCUUUGGACAUUUACAUGUUAAGCUUGUGUAUCCAUACUCAACCCCAAGAGCUCCUCCAUUUUAUAUGCCAAAAUGCAAGAAAAAAAAAAACAGUAGGCAUCAUUUUUAUGUUGGCCAAAUGUUAGAAUGACUUCAAAACCAAAAAAUCUAAAUAAAGAUGCAUUUACAACCAA